AUGCAUCUGAAAUUGUAUAUUUUACUUAUUAUUUCUCCUGUAUUAAUAUGGACAUGCGGUUCUGAUAUAGCAGGCACCUCAUCAAAAUCGGCUGAAUUCGGCAUAUCCUUCUUUGCACCUUUGGCAUACACGUAUCCACCGGCGGAUGUUGAUCUUGUACCUGGACAAUCACUGACUCUAGAACUUGCAAAUCGUAGAGUCAAAACUGAUUUAGACCUUGCUAUUUCUAAAGGUCUAACUGCCAAUCAAAUCUAUCUCUACAUUCCACCAACUCUCAACUUCACAUUCACCCCUCCAAGUGUCCAAAUUGCUGAUGGAGAAGUAUGUGUAACAGACAACACAUAUAUACAGAUCUCUGGGACCGUGAUCUACAAAUGCUCCAUUGGAAACUCCGGAGCAUCUACGAAUAUUCCAGUAUCCGGGGCCACUGGAGCGCCAACAAAUGCUCCAGUUUCUGGAGCGACUGAUGUCACCGAAUCGCCAGUAACGGACUCAACUGCCAGUUCAACAUCAGUGCCAAGCACUAACACUCCUCCCGAACUGGUAGAUAAUGAUCGAGACAACUUCCAUGCUCUCCCCCGUCGUCGUGCCUCAUCUGGAGUCCGAGCUCAUCCAUUUGAUCAGUCAAUGACAGUAAUUGCCACGACCAGUCAACCCUUGUAUGAGAAUCAAUGGAAUAAAAUAGCAAGAUCAGUUCAACAAGCUCUAGAAGAUAAGAAACUAUUGUUCAAUGACGACAUUCAAGUUCUUUUACUCUAA